UUAUUUUGUACAGGCACAUCUCCGGUCGCACCGGUCGGGGUCCUUGCUGGAGGCUCGGCGCCACAUCUUUCAGCAGGAGCAGAUGUGAAGGAAAACGAGCUGAAAUUUGUGAAGUACUUGGUCUUUUCAAGCCAUUAACGGAUUGUGAAUUCACAGAUUUACAACAAUGAAUCUGGAACUGCUCGAGUCGUUUGGGCAGAACUAUCCAGAGGAGGCGGAUGGCACUCUGGACUGCAUCAGCAUGGCGCUCACAUGCACCUUCAACCGCUGGGGGACCCUGCUGGCUGUCGGCUGCAAUGACGGGCGCAUCGUCAUCUGGGACUUCCUCACGAGGGGGAUCGCUAAAAUCAUCAGUGCACACAUCCAUCCCGUCUGCUCUCUGUGCUGGAGUCGGGACGGACACAAACUGGUGAGCGCCUCCACAGACAACAUCGUGUCCCAGUGGGACGUCCUGACCGGAGACUGCGACCAGAGGUUCCGCUUCCCUUCACCCAUCCUGAAACUGCAGUGCCACCCCAGAGACAUGGACAAAGUUCUGGUGUGUCCGAUGAAGUCUGCGCCGGUCCUGCUGACGCUGUCCGACUCUAAACACGUGGUGCUGCCGGUGGACGACGACUCGGACCUGAACGUGGUGGCAGCUUUUGACAGACGAGGAGAGUACAUUUACACCGGCAAUGCUAAAGGAAAGAUUCUGGUGCUAAACACAGACACACAGGAGCUGGUGGCUUCAUUCAGAGUGACCACAGGAACCAGCAACACAACCGCCAUCAAGUCCAUCGAAUUUGCACGGAAGGGCAGCUGCUUCCUCAUAAACACAGCAGAUCGGAUCAUCAGAGUGUACGAUGGCAGAGAGAUCCUGACCUGUGGGAGGGACGGAGAGCCAGAACCCAUGCAGAAGCUGCAGGACCUGGUCAACAGGACUCCAUGGAAGCGCUGCUGUUUCUCGGGAGACGGGGAGUACAUCGUGGCCGGUUCCGCCCGGCAGCACGCUCUCUACAUUUGGGAGAAGAGUAUCGGCAAUCUGGUGAAGAUCCUGCAUGGAACCAGAGGAGAGCUGCUGCUGGACGUCGCUUGGCAUCCAGUUCGACCGAUUAUCGCCUCCAUCUCCAGUGGAGUGGUGUCCAUCUGGGCUCAGAACCAAGUGGAAAACUGGAGCGCCUUUGCUCCAGACUUUAAAGAGCUGGAUGAGAACGUGGAGUACGAGGAGCGGGAAUCUGAGUUUGACAUUGAAGAUGAAGACAAAAGUGAACCGGAGCAGACGGGUGCAGAUGCAGCAGAGGAUGAAGAGGUGGAUGUGACCACUGUGGAUCCCAUUGUUGCUUUUUGCAGUAGCGAUGAGGAGAUGGAGGACCUCAAGGCUCUGCUGUACCUGCCCAUCGCUCCGGAGGUGGAGGAUCCAGAGGAAAACCCCUUCGGUCCUCCUCCUGACGCUUCGGUUCAGGCCGCCACGCCGGAGGAUCCUCUGGCCGGCAGUGACAAGAAGCAGCGGCAGCUGUCCUCAGAAGGAGGUCCCACCAAAAAGAAGGCGCGCACCACUGUGAUCGAGCUGCAGGGGGUGCCCAGUGAUGAGGUGCACCCCCUGCUGGGAGUAAAGGGGGAUGGCAAGUCCAAGAAGAAGACAGCAGGUCGUCCCAAAGGUUCCAAAGGUAAAGACAAAGACUUCCCCUUCAGGCCCAAGCCCUACAAGGGCGAACGGCCCUCCUUUCCCGUGGGGGCCGAAGCACUGGGCUCCUCGGCCCCAGGAGGAGGAUUGGGUGGAGGAGGAGGGAUGAAGUGCAGGGCAGAGGGGGUACUGGCCACAGGAACUCUGGUAUCUCAGCCGUACAAGCAGCAUGACGUUGGAGGGAUGGACUGAUCCUCUGAGACCUGAACUUUCUCUGGAGCUCAGAGACUCCUGUAGACUGCAGAGGAGCAGAAUCACAGAGAACCUCCUCCUUCCAACCAGGAGUCACGGCGGUGGAGGUCUCAGUUCUGCUCCCCUGUGGGGGGACUUGUGUGUAUGUGUGUGUACGUGUGCGCGUGUGUGUGUUGUUUUAUACGUAUUAAAACAUUGUUAUUUGUACAUUUGAA